GCCUGUCACUUGUCCUCUCGAAUCAGACCCUCCGACAAAUGGAGCAGGGGAUCCCGGUAGCAUUUGAACUUCAGAUCUCUAGAAUCUGACAACAAAAGGCUCUUUGUUUCCCACAGUUCGUCGUGCAAGGCCAGGGAAACGGCACCCAUCGAACCAAGCAACCCUGAAGCAGAAGGAUCUGGCUGAAGACGGUUUCUGGCUACUCUUACCUCACCCGGAGAUCACCUUGCUUCGCUCCUAACCGCGCUCCAAAGCCAUCACGUGACGGCGCGGAGCCCCGCCCCCGAUGACGUCACAACGCUCCCCACCGUCUCGCUGAAGAAAGGAUGCUCUAGGAUGCGGGCCAGGUGCGCGGCCGCGCCGCACCAUGCAGCACUGCAGGAGUAACUAGCAUGGUCAGUGCAGGGGUCAUGAGCGGCUCUGGGAACCUGAUGGAUUUCCUCGACGAGCCAUUCCCUGACGUGGGAACCUACGAGGACUUCCAUACCAUUGACUGGCUGCGGGAAAAGUCACGGGACACUGACAGACACAGAAAGAUAACCAGCAAGAGCAAGGAGUCCGUCUGGGAGUUCAUUAAGAGUCUGCUGGAUGCCUGGUCAGGAUGGGUGGUCAUGCUGCUCAUCGGGCUGCUGGCAGGCACCUUGGCUGGAGUCAUUGAUCUUGCUGUGGACUGGAUGACAGACCUGAAGGAGGGGGUCUGCCUGUCUGCCUUCUGGUACAGCCAUGAGCAGUGCUGCUGGACAUCCAAUGAGACCACCUUUGAGGACAGAGAUAAGUGUCCCUUGUGGCAGAAAUGGUCAGAGCUGCUGGUGAAUCAGUCAGAGGGAGCCAGUGCCUACAUUCUGAAUUAUUUGAUGUAUAUCCUGUGGGCGCUACUCUUCGCAUUUCUGGCUGUCUCCUUGGUUCGAGUAUUUGCACCAUACGCCUGUGGUUCUGGUAUACCAGAGAUAAAGACCAUUCUGAGUGGCUUCAUCAUCCGGGGCUACCUGGGGAAGUGGACCUUGCUCAUCAAGACGGUCACCUUGGUGCUCGUCGUGUCCUCUGGCCUGAGCCUUGGGAAGGAGGGACCGCUGGUGCAUGUGGCUUGUUGCUGUGGCAACUUCUUCAGCAGCCUUUUCUCCAAGUACAGCAAGAAUGAGGGCAAGAGGCGGGAGGUGCUUUCAGCUGCUGCUGCUGCUGGAGUCUCAGUGGCCUUUGGUGCUCCCAUCGGGGGUGUGCUGUUCAGUCUAGAGGAGGUCAGUUACUACUUUCCCUUGAAGACUUUGUGGAGGUCAUUUUUCGCCGCCCUUGUGGCGGCCUUCACACUGCGAUCCAUCAACCCCUUCGGGAACAGCCGCCUGGUUCUCUUCUAUGUGGAAUACCACACACCCUGGUACAUGGCCGAACUGUUCCCCUUCAUCCUGCUUGGGGUUUUUGGAGGCUUGUGGGGCACCCUCUUCACCCGCUGCAACAUUGCCUGGUGCAGGAGGCGCAAAACUACCAGGCUGGGAAAGUACCCAGUACUGGAGGUGAUCGUAGUGACGGCCAUCACCGCCAUCAUUGCUUACCCCAACCCCUACACGCGCCAGAGCACCAGCGAGCUCAUUUCGGAGCUGUUCAAUGACUGUGGGGCCCUUGAGUCCUCCCAGCUCUGUGACUACAUCAACGACCCCAACAUGACCCGGCCUGUGGAUGACAUCCCAGACCGGCCGGCCGGGAUCGGCGUUUACACGGCUAUGUGGCAGCUGGCCCUGGCACUCAUCUUCAAGAUCGUCAUUACGAUCUUCACCUUUGGCAUGAAGAUCCCCUCUGGCCUCUUCAUCCCCAGCAUGGCGGUGGGAGCCAUGGCAGGUAGGAUGGUGGGAAUCGGCGUGGAGCAGCUGGCGUACCAUCACCACGACUGGAUCAUCUUUAGGAACUGGUGCAGACCUGGAGCAGACUGUGUCACACCGGGACUUUAUGCUAUGGUGGGAGCAGCAGCCUGCCUAGGAGGCGUGACCAGGAUGACCGUGUCCCUGGUGGUGAUCAUGUUUGAAUUGACAGGGGGUCUGGAGUACAUUGUGCCCCUGAUGGCAGCAGCUGUGACCAGCAAGUGGGUGGCUGACGCCUUCGGAAAAGAAGGCAUCUACGAGGCCCACAUCCACCUGAAUGGUUAUCCGUUUCUGGAUGUGAAGGAUGAAUUCACACACCGAACCCUGGCUACCGAUGUGAUGCGGCCUCGGCGAGGAGAGCUGCCGCUGUCCGUCCUCACCCAGGACAGCAUGACAGUGGAGGACGUGGAGACGCUCAUCAAGGAGACAGACUAUAACGGCUUCCCUGUGGUGGUUUCCAGAGACUCGGAGCGCCUCAUCGGGUUUGCUCAGAGGAGGGAGCUGAUCCUGGCAAUCAAGAAUGCCAGACAGAGGCAGGAGGGCAUUGUGAGCAAUUCCAUCAUGUACUUCACAGAGGAGCCCCCUGAGCUUCCGGCCAACAGCCCCCACCCCCUGAAACUCCGGCGCAUCCUGAACCUGAGCCCUUUCACAGUUACAGACCACACACCCAUGGAGACGGUAGUAGACAUCUUCCGGAAACUAGGGCUCCGCCAGUGCCUGGUAACUCGGAGUGGGAGACUUCUUGGCAUCAUCACAAAAAAGGAUGUGCUGAGACAUAUGGCCCAGAUGGCAAACCAGGACCCUGAAUCCAUCAUGUUUAAUUAACAACAAGGUGGCAGUUAUUUCGAGCAAAUCACUGGCCGUAUCAUUUUGAAAGGAAGAAACAAAUGACAUGUUAUUAUCCCAACAAAGGAUAUCAGAAACAAACAUUUUCUUUAAAAGGAAAGAAAGUGGAGACUUUUUUUAAAAGCAAAACUAUUAAUAAGUAGGCAUUUGAUAGCUUUCAUCUCCAUGAGUUCCCAGUGGGUUUCCUAACGAGUUUCCUAACUGCUUUCGGGGCACGUGGGUGGGUGGAAGUGAUGUGGAUUUUUGCAGGGCCAUGGAACCCAAACGCUGAGUGGAGGAUCUUUGCCCCUUCUACUCAAGGCUGAUGUUUGUAACUUGAGAAUACAUGUGAAGCUUUGAGUCCAAAAGACGAAGGGGUGUUGGCGUGUCCUUAUUUACUGGGUUCUGGCCUUUUGCUGCUAUGUUACUGAAUCAUAGUAAAAAAAAGAACAAAAAACAUUUGCACUUACUUUGUUGGAAAAGAAAAAGAAAUCAAAGUUGUACACAGCAAGCAUGCCCUGGCGGGGCUGUUCCUGACCAUUCUACUUCUUGCUCCUGCUUUUGCCUGUUGUUUUGCUUCUUGGUUAGUUUCUGAACCAACAUCAGAGGUGCCCACCAUAAUGGAUAUGAAGAAAUCAUGUGUGACCAGCAUCUUGGGACUGGACAGUGAACUAUUGAAGCAUGCAGUACUCUGUGUAGUUUCCUCUCGUGCAAGGGGACACAUCCUUACUUUGAGGGGACACAAAACUCACCAUUGAUUUGCAUCCUUAUUGGUUCAUUUAUUUAUUGCUGUUGCCUAUACAUUCUUAAAUAUCAAUCAGUCCAGUAUUUUCCAUGGUUUGUGGCCUGUAUGCUCCCAGCUUGCUAUAGUGUGUUUUAAUUUCCAAGCAACAUAUACAAGUAGAACCAGCAAUCCAGUGUUGCUACUUAUUUUUUUCCCCUCAGGUCUUUUCAGAUAAGGCUAUGAAGAGGGUGAAGCAUAUGAAUUCUCAGUGGGAACUCCUCCAAAUGGAUUGUAAGAGAAAUACUAAAUUGAUUCUAAAUAUGUUCCAUUCUCCUCUCUGCGGGAUGCAAACUGUCCAGUCUUAAUCUCUAUAGGCAGGUGCUUUCAUACAAGCAAUCACAGCAAGAAGGACAGAGUUACAUUUUGUACAGCCAAUUUAAGCAUUGGACAUCUUUGUAUUUGAACUUAAUGACCAUUUUAGUCGGUGCUUGUGUCUUUUCCAUGGGAAAGAAUCGCCUGUUUUAGAUGCGCUGUGUGAUCUGCACUAGGUUCUCCCCUCUUGCCUUUGCCCUUAGUCCCUGUCCCUCCCUUUUCACUGCACCAUCUCACCUUCUCCCAUCUCAGCGCCACUGGACACUGAUGAAGGCACACAUGCCCUUCACUGUAAAUAACAGCAGCCCCACCCAGCAGUACCGGCUGAGUAUGAAAUUGGGAGACAUCUGUCCCAGGACUGUCUCCCUUAUAGCACCAGGGAUUCAAAUCCCACAUAUUUCUUUUCUACCUUCCUUCUCCUCUGUCCUUUGGCUUAUUGCCUGCCUCAUAGUUGCAAAAUAGUUACCAUGAUGCCAGGCAUCAUCAUGUAUGCCUUCUACCUGAGGGGGAGUCAAGUAUGUGGUUACAAUGUGUAUGGGCAGAAAGCAAAGCUUUCCCCAAGAUGCUCAGCAUAUAACCAUGGGCUGCAGUUCUGUCACAUGGCUCACUCUAGGAAAAUUCUGAGCUAGAUGCAUUACUUUCUGAAUGAAACUUAGAUUCUUUUAAUAAGGGAGGGGGUUUGGUUCUUGGUAGGGAACAUAUCUACUAGAUUAAAUUCCACCAUUGUGUCCCUGCUUUGCCUGUCAUGUCCUCUUUACUCUUUGGUUUUUCAUACCCCCCCCAAUAUUCUUCUAACCUUCCAUUACUCAGAUUUCAUAUGGAAUUCCCAAGCAGAAUCCAUUUCUUAACUCAUAAGAAUGAUCAUUUUUGGAUAAAAACCUAGCUACAAGUGGAUCUCUAUGAAUCUUCUUCUAGUUGUUAUAAGAAAUAUGCGGUCUCUGGAUUAAAAAAACUAAGUCAAAUUAUACUACGGAAAACUGUAGUUCCAGCUAUGUAUUUCUGUCAUUAAUUGGCCUCCUCCAAAAUAAAAUCAAUUAGCCACUUUG